AUUCCAUCUCUUUUGCCAACUUAAGGCAAUGAGUAACUGAUAUGUACGUUGGUAAUUUGUAAUCAUUGUAAGGUAGUGGAGUUGGUAUAAGUUUGAAGUAAGAGAAGUAGUAUAUGAGGAUAUUUAAUUUUGUAACCCAACCUUAGGAGGUUGCGUUGAACAAUGGGAACAGUUCACGCCAAGGACAAAAGGGAGCCCUACCCACAUGAUACAGAACAGCAACAAAUACAUUUGGAUGGUGUCAAGGUUCGAGUGGACAAAAUCAAUGUAGAUGGAUUGUCCAGGACAAAAGAUGAUAUAAUCAUUGCCACUGUAAAGGAUUUGUUCCAAGCAAAGGAUUUCCAAGAGGUGAUUCUUUGUGCACAGAAAGUUCGUGGGAAACUUGAAGGACUCGGAUGUUUCCGGAACAUAGGAAUAUUCAUCGACACGAGCUCUGGCCCAGGUGCUACUCCUGAAGGACUUGAGGUCACGUUCCAUGUACGUGAAUUAAAGCGUAUUGUUGGAGGAGUGAAUACGUUGGUCGGAAAUAAUGAAGGUUCACUUGCGGUGGGAAUGCGGAUGCCAAAUCUGUUUGGACGAGGAGAGAAGCUACACACUGAGUACAGUUAUGGGGCCAAGAAAACAUCCGCUUUUACUGUCUCAUAUACAAAACCACUUCGAGGGAGUCUGAGUCCAAUUAUCACAGGCACAGUAUUCCAAGCGGGAUCCGAGUGGCCUUGGUCAGGAUACAAGCAGAUUGAAAGGGGCCUUCUCAUAGAUUUCGGAUUCAAUUCAGCACCUUGGAUUAGACACAACUUGCAGUGGGAAGGUGCUUGGCGAGAUGUAUCAUGUCUGACUCGCUCGGCUGCGUUCCAAGUGCGUGAACAGACAGGUCCUAGUCUUAAAUCAUCAGUUCGCCAUAUAUUGUUGUUGGAUCGCAGGGAUACAGCCAUCCUUCCCAGCUCUGGUUCCCUUGUCAAGUUAACGCAAGAGUUGGCAGGUCUUGGAGGCGAUGUUGGCUUCUUCAAGAAUGACCUCUGCUUACAAGGCAACUGGACACUCUUGCCAGACAUGGUGUUGCAAGCAACGCUUCAGGCUGGCUUUCUUACACGGAUAAGCAACAAUUUGAAUGUCAGCAUUUGUGACCAGUUUUUCUUAGGUGGUCCUAUGUCAUUACGAGGUUUCAAUACAAGGGGCGUUGGGCCACACAAAGAUGGAAAUGCUCUAGGUGCCAGCGCAUACUGGGCAGGCGGCCUUCAUUUAUUCACUCCUCUUCCAUUCAAUCCUGGUAAGGGAGGUUUUGGUGACCUCUUCAGGACACACAUUUUUAUAAAUGCUGGAAAUCUGGGCAAUGUGUAUUUAGGUCAAGAAAUACCCACGAGUUUGAAAGCUUACACCAAAACAACGCGUUUGUCAUAUGGAAUGGGUGUUACAUUACGUUUGGGUCAGAUGGCCCGUGUUGAGCUGAACUACUGCAUUCCUGUCCUUUUCCAGCGUGAGGACCAGCCAAAUCCUGGUGUGCAGUACGGCAUUGGCAUACAUUUCCUGUAAUUCCGAUGUCUAUGGAAAAGCAAUAAUAAAUUUUUGAUUUGCAGACAUGAGGCUAAAAUAUUUGUCCAAGAUGCAGAGUUGUACUGAUUAAUUUUGUGCAUUCUGGGUAAGGUUGGUGUUUGUGCUUAGAAAUACACAUGUGGACUUGUCCUUAACUGGGUGAUAAGCCUAUGAAAAUUAGGGAAUAUCUCCGCUUCUAAUCACAACAAAUGGAUAUUAUCAGUUUGUGUCUCAUUGCAAGUAUACUGCCAAUUUAAAAUCAGCAUUUUAUUGCCACAAGUUCUGCAAAUCAAGGCUAGUCUUAGGUACUUGUAGCUUUAAACCAUGACUUCAAGAAGUUAACAAAAUUUAUAAUGUUAAUAUGUAAAUUUUCAGCAAUUAUGUUUCCAGCUAAUGACUUCUUUUAACAAAAGAACUUUGCUGUAUUAUUUUACAUAAUCAAGUGUUUCAUACUGGGCUGUUGUUUACAAUACAGAUUUGUUUACAUUUGUACAUAACUUGGCUGAAAGAGAUAAGAGAAACGUAAUAGAAGAAAGUUCAUUAUUAAACUGAAAAUAACACAA